AUGGCUGAGAAAUUAGACGUAGAUACCUAUAUACUUUCUUACUAUUCUACUUAUGAUCCUAUUAACUGGAAACCUCCUAGGAAUUCAGCGGUUCAGUUGUCUGCAGCUAUUACUGCUUCUGCUCGGAUUUAUAUGUAUCAAUUUAUCUCAAGAAAUGAUUCUUACUACACCGAUACUGACUAUGUUGUUCUCGAUAAACCUCUUCCUAAUGAAAUGGUAUCUCCUACAGAAUUAGGUAAAUUUAAGUUAGAAUAUGAAGUAUCGGAAGGAAUAUUCUUAGCUCCUAAGACAUAUAAAAUAGAAAAUACAAAUAAUAAAAAUGUAUUAAGGCACAAGGGUGCUGCCAAAGCCAUAAUAGAUGAUGAUUGGUAUAUAAAUCAGUAUAAUAAAAUAAAUAAAAUUAUGAAUGUAAAUGUCUCACAUAAGUUUAGAAUUCAAUGGGAUAAACUUCGCGUCAUACAAAAAGAUAUAGAUUAUGAGCUACGUAUAAAAAUAAAUUUAAAGAGGAAACCUGUAUUUAAUAAUAAUAAAUGGGUAGGGAGUAAACCUAUUAAGGUUAAAGACUUAGGUGAUAAAAAGGAGUAUUUACUUAAUCUUCAAAUACAGCAACAAAAGGAAUUAAUAGAUAAACUUAAUCUUAAGAUUCAUACUUUACAAUCUAAUAUUGAUGAUAAUAUCAGUAAAGAUGAAUGUGUCAAUAUAAGUAAAGAUAAUAGUAUAGAUAUCCCUAAAGAUGUAUGCGUCAAUAUCCUUAAAGAUGUAUGUGUCAAUAUCCCUAAAGGUGAAUGUGUCAAUAUCCAUUAUGAAUAUAUACUUGAAGAAUCGAACACAGCUGAAGAUUCAAAGCAUACUAUUUUCAAAGAUGAAAAAUAUGAUUCAAAGCAACCUAUAAUAUGCAAAGAUGAAGUAAAUAUAAUUAAAGAUAAAGCAAAUACUCAUAAAAAGAAGAAGAAUAAGAAGCCUGGUUAG